AACCCCCCAAAACCCUUCUCGAGGCCAAUCCAAACCCUUCUCACCCCUAGCAACCAUUCCCCGCCGCCAACACCAGCCGAGACAGCGGCCAAUCUUGUUAACUCGGUGACUAUUUCUUCAGAUCCGGCCCACGCGCUCUGGGAACUCUGGGACGCCUUCUCUACAGCUGUCGCCACCUCUCCAACUUCACAUAACCCUCACCUUUCCCUCCACGCACACCCGCCAACGCAGCCUAACGAACGCGCAAGAUCCAAUGCCAGUAGCUACAUCGAGGCCGACGGAAAGCUAUACUGCGCGCAGUGGCGCGACGUGCAUGAUAUCCUCGAGGCCUGGCGUAAUUGGGACGGGGUGCGUGAUUCGAGUGCGGGUAACUCUACUAUUAGUACGUUAAGUAGCAGUGGUGGAGAGUAUUUUCUCCGCUUCUGCGUAUUCUCAGCUGCGCUUCUGAACAUGACUAAAGGUAAAGGCAACGUGCCUCCUAUAUGGGUUUUCUUUGCAUGCCGCGACGUGCUAGAGCGCGAUGGACCUCAGUCAUGCCCACAAAAAGGGCAUAGGAUGUCGUCGGAGCAGUUGUGGGCGCUGGAUGUCUAG